GACUGAACGAAACCCAUAGCUUCUUCUUCUUGUUUUUCUGGUGUUGGUUGCAUUAAACGUCGUCGUCUCCGAGAUUGAUUCAAUGUCAGACGAAAUGUUUAAAGAUCUAUUUUAUGGUGGGAUGGAUGAGUACGAGUCUUUAGUUAGAGCUUUUGGGGUAACAUCGGAUUAUUCGAAUAAUAAUCAUGAAAUUUCGGGGACUCCCAUGAAUUCUUCUGGUUCCUUGUCGUCUUCUGAUGCUGGAGCUGAUCAGGAGGACGAUUCUGUGAAAGAGAAGGAUAAACAGAUCAACAAAGAUCAUAUGGAAGAUGGAGGAGAGAGUUCUAAGGCAGCUGGAUCAGGUAAAUCAUCAAAGAAGAAAGGAGAGAAGAAAGAGAGAGAAGCGAGAGUUGCUUUCAUGACGAAGAGCGAGGUUGAUCAUCUUGAAGAUGGAUACAGAUGGAGAAAGUAUGGACAAAAGGCUGUCAAGAACAGUGCUUAUCCUAGGAGCUAUUACAGAUGUACGACUCAGAAAUGUGGAGUGAAAAAACGAGUAGAGAGAUCCUUCGAAGAUCCAUCUAUUGUAAUUACGACUUACGAAGGUCAACACAACCACCCAAUCCCGGCGACACUAAGGGGAAACCUGUCGGCGGCGAGCGGUGCCUUUCAGCCGUCCAUGCUGGCACCAAUGCCGGUGGUUGGCGGCGUCGGAUUUCUCCCUGCAGAACUAUUGAGCAAUGCUUCCAGCAACAACAACCAGGCCGUCGGUGGCAGCGCAUCCAUUUAUUCACAUAGCAAUUUCGACUAUACUUAUAAUGGGCGGCAGUCGGAAUUUGGGCUUCUGCAGGAUAUUUUUCCGGCUCCAUCGUCGUUCUUCAACAGACAGCCGUGAGUUAAUAAUAAAGCCCUUUAUGAUCUAUUAAUUUACAUAAAAAUCCCCACCGGAGAUUUUGAUCACAAUCUCUUGUAUACUGUAAAUAUGGUUUUAUUAUACGGUUAAUGGGUGGGAUAAAUUACAUUACAUUAUAUUGCAUAGA